AUGGUCGUCCGGAUAAGACUCGCACGCUUCGGGCGAGUCAACCAGCCCUUCUACAACAUCGUCGUUUCGCAAGCCAGAACCGCCCGCAACAGCAAGCCCAUCGAGGUCAUCGGCACCUACGACCCCGUCCCCAAACAAGACCCCUACGACGCCACGACCAAGCCGCACAAGGACAUCCGUCUCGACUCGCUGCGCGCGCGGUACUGGAUCGGUGUGGGCGCGCAACCGACCGAGACCGUCUGGAGGUUGCUGUCAAUGGUCGGAAUCCUCGAGCCGAAAUACAGAGCAGACGGCGCCCUCAACACCGCGACCGCCGCCAAGUCCCUCAAGAACAAGACACCCGCGCCCAAGUCAUCAUAA